AUGAUCGGGCCGCGCGUUGCCGGUCUUGGUGACGAGGAUGAGGCGUUUGAAGAUACCAAUCCCGGUGGUAAUAUUACGGCCAUUGGGGCGAGCGCUGCGGCAUGUGAGGCUUUUAUCGCCACCUAUCUUGUUCCAGAGUUUGGAAUCUAUCCUGAUCAGCUCGUCCGUGACGUUGUUGCUCUCUUUCGCAUCGUCCUCGUCGACAAGCUCGCAUACAACGGCCAGUGGCGAUCGGCACUUCCAGACUACCUUCACUUUACGCUCUAUCUGUCUGUCGCGCCACACGAUGCUGCCUAUGUCCGCAAGGUCAUCCAUCACGAGUGGUUCCACAUGGUCGACUUUGCUGAGUUUGGCAACGACCACAUUGUCGAUCCCGAGUGGCAUGCCUGUCUCCUUGCGCCCGAUGUGUACUCGCCGCAUGGCGGCGAGGGCAUGCGCGGUGGAACUGCUGGUAUCUGGGACCUAGACAUUGACCCGGUGCCCUCCACUCGCAACCCGGGCUUUGUCACCGCUUACGCCUCCUCCGCUGCCAUCGAGGACAAGGCCGAGGUAUGGGCCGCCCUCGUCUGCUUCCGCCCGGCUUCGCUCGAUGCUCUCCUCGGCUCGGACCCCGUCCUUGCCUCCAAGGCUGCGCUCCUCCGCGCCCGCGUCGCCGGUCUCACUCCGACCAUGGGCCCCGCCUGGUUCGCCGCGCUCGGUGCCUUGCGUGAGCGCGCGUUCGACGAAGACGGUCGUCACUGGCAGCCCGUUCCGAACCGUCCGCCAAACACUCCGCCGUACUUUGUGCAUGCGCUGACGCGCGCAAAGACAUACAACCCGCCGCUGUAGUGGCAUUCAUUCGCCCUCGACGUGUCGCGCCACAAGCGCCGCCAGCGAUGGGUUAGGAAUCUUGCCGCUCCACUGUCGGCCCUGCUUGCCCUUAAAGUUGAGAUCGACUGCCGA